GUCACUUAUGUUUGGAAUAGAUUCAACAUAAUCAUUUAUAUAUAAUCUUGAGCAACUUUGGUUUUUAAGUUUGCAAAACUAAGCACUUUUGGUCUACCAAAUAGAAAGCAAAUUAUUAUGUAGCAAACAAAAUACUUAUUAAAUAAGUAAAAAAAUAGAACAAUAUCAAUAUUAUUAAUACAUCUUAUACCCAUAGAUUUUAAAAAAUUUAUCUAAGUUUAGUGUAGUUUAGGAUUUAGUAAAGCAGUGUUUAGUGUAAUUUAUUAGCUAAAGUAAAGUUUUGUUUUCUGAGGAGACCGUUAAAGCUUUCAAAAUACCGUUAAACCCAUGUAGUGAACUUGUCCCACAGUCUUCUUCACUUGUUCUCAUGUUGUUCCUCGUUGGUAUAUCUCCCAAAUCAUACAAGAUUUCAAUUCAUUCAAGAUUAUUAAUUGGUUUAUCAAGAUUCUUCAGAUUAGCUAACCCCACUUGCUAUUCAAUUCUAUCUGAUCAUCUCAACAACCGUCGAAUCGAUGAAGCUAAAGAACUUUUUGAAAGAAUCCCAUCUCCGAAUAUAUACUUAUGCACCAAAAUGAUGGCUGGCUAUGCAGAAAAUCGAAGGUUGAACGAUGCACUGAACCUGUUUGACAAAAUGCCUUUGAAAGAUACGGUUAUGUGGAACUUGAUGAUUAAAGGGUGUGUUGAUUGUGGCGAAAUGGAGAUGGGUUUGAAGUUAUUUGAGGAAAUGACACAAAGAAAUGUGAUUUCUUACACGACAAUGGUAACCGGGUUUUUGAAGUUUGGGAAGGUUGAAGAGGCUGAGAGUUUGUUUUGGGAGAUGCCACAAAGAGAUGUGGCUGCUUGGAAUGCGAUGAUUUAUGGGUAUUUUGAGAAUGGAAGAGUGGUGGAGGCUGUGAAGUUGUUUGAGGUGAUGCCUUAUAGGAAUGUGGUCACCUGGACAUCGGUUAUUUGUGGGCUUGAUCAGCGUGGGAGGAGUGAUGAGGCCCUAUUGGUUUUUAAGAAGAUGCUGGGUUUCUUCGUUGAGCCGACUUCUAGUACUUUUGCUUCUGUUAUUACAGCUUGUGCUAAUGCAAGGGAUUUAGUUUUAGGUAGUGAAAUUCAUGGCUGUGUUGUGAAGCUUGGCUAUUUGUAUGAUACGUACGUCACUGCUGCACUAAUUACAUUGUAUGCUAAUUGUAUGCGCAUGGAUGAUUCUUCUAAGGUAUUCAGUGAGAGGUUGCAUAUGAAUAUAGUUGUAUGGACCUCUCUUUUGACAGGGUAUGGCUUGAAUUACAAGCACAAAGAAGCGUUGGCAGUGUUUGGGGACAUGAUUAGGAUUGGUCUACUUCCCAAUCAGUCUUCCUUUACUAGUGCCCUAAAUUCAUCAUGUGAAAUGGAGUCUAUUGAUCUAGGCAAGGAGAUUCAUGGUGUAGCAGUCAAACUCGGAUUGAACACUGAUGCCUUUGUUGGCAAUUCGCUUGUUGUAUUGUAUUCGAAAUGUGGAAAUAUAAAUGAUGGACUCAUUGUAUUCAAGGAGAUUCCUGAAAAAAACAUUGUUUCGUGGAACUCAAUCAUCGUUGGAUGUGCACAACAUGGAUGUGGAAAUUGGGCACUCACACUGCUCACCCAGAUGGUUCGUUCAAGGGCUGAUAUGGAUGAUAUCACUCUUACGGGGUUACUUGCUGCUUGUAGCCAUUCUGGCAUGCUAGAGAAAGGAAAACUCUUAUUUCAAUAUAUUCCCCAAAGCUCAUCCAUUGAAGUGACACUUGAGCAUUAUAGUUGUAUGGUAGAUAUCCUUUGCAGAAGUGGGAAGUUAAAUGAGGCAGAGAAUUUGGUGAAAAGCAUGCCCAUGAGACCAAAUUUGUCGAUAUGGUUAUCUUUGCUUAGUGGUUGUAAGAAGCAUUUAAACUUAGAACUGGCCGAAAGAGCUGCAGAAAACAUUUUUCAUCUUGACCCAAAUUGUAGUGCUGCUUAUGUUUUGUUAUCUAACAUUUAUGCCUUUUCUGGUAGAUGGAGUGAUGUUGCAAGAGUAAGAGGAAAUAUGAAAAGAAGAGGAAACAUAAAACAACCAGGAUGCAGUUGGGUUAAUCAGAAGGGAAUCCGGCACACAUUUCUUUCUGGUGAUACUUCACAUCCUCUAAGUGAUAGGAUAUAUGAAAAGCUGGAAUGGUUAACGGAAAAGUUGAAGGAAUAUGGUUAUGUCCCUGAUCAAAGAUAUGCAAUGCAUGACGUAGACGAUGAACAGAAGGAAGUUCUGCUGUCAUAUCAUAGUGAGAGGCUUGCUAUUUGCUUUGCAUUAAUUACAACACAUGGUAGUGCUAUAACAGUAAUGAAGAACCUGCGUGUCUGUGGUGACUGCCAUUCUGCCAUCAAGCUCAUAGCAAAAAUUAUUGAUCGUAAAAUCAUUGUAAGAGAUUCAAGCCGCUUUCAUCACUUCAGGGAUGGCUUUUGUUCUUGUUCAGAUUAUUGGUAGGAUUAUCCUAUUGACUAUCAUUGUGGGAACGGAUAGUGGAGCCUUGUGAUUAGUUCACCAGAAGCAGAAACACAUUCCAAUUUAAGGGAACUGCUAGAGUUCGGAUUGGACCAACAUUCUGUGAAAUGCUUUUCACUGAUAAAGUGGGGGUCCUCUUGAUAAUGUUACCAAUGAAGAAAUCAGAGCAUUGGCAUCCACUGCUUCAAAUGUCUAGAAGCUGAUCUUGAAGCCAUGUCUAAAAUGUUUCUGAUACUGUCCUAUGAUUGACCAAAUAUACCUGAAGUCAAGGCAACCGCUGCACAUUAAUACAGCUAGAGGUACCUGAUGGCCUAUCACGACAAUCUUGUAGAUUUACUAUUCUUGGAGCUGGAAUUAUUUUUCAGCGGCUGGUACUUAAUUGUGUAGUAGAUGAAGUUUCCAAGUUAUUUAGCCAGGAUCAGCAAAUUGAGAUCCUCGAUCUAUUCUGCAAUAAUAAACUUAGGAAGAUUCAGCAGCCAAGGGUGUGGCCUAGUGGUUCAAUGGAGUGGGUUGAGCACCAUGAGGUCUCAGGUUCAAUACUAGGUGAUUUCUUCCCAUUUGUUCUAGCCUUGGUGGACAUUGUUACCUUGUGGUGAGAGGUGGCAGGUAUCCCAUGGAAUUAGUCGAGGUGCGCACAAGCUGGCCUAGAUACCACAGUUAUCCAAAAAAAAAAAAAAAGACUUUAGGAAGAUUCCAUCGACAGAUUUUCUAACAGCGAUCAGAUAGAGAGAUACAUUUCAUGAUUGGAGCUAUAUUAGUUAUCUAAUAUAAGAACAUGCCAAUAAUGUCCCUGUCAUUGCAAAUAGGAAAUACUCUGUUAUGCGUGUGAGAAACUUUAUCUCAAGUUUUGGAAAAGAUAGCUUUUUGUUUCCUGCCUCGGCACAUGGCUGCUGAUACAUGGAUCUCUCUCUUAGCAUUGAAUCAAGGGCCUUGAGCCAUCAGCAUUGCUAUAGCUGAUAUUGUCUACAUGGUCUUUCAUGCUGUUAUUGCUGAAGCUUGAAAUGCUUCCAAUUUCCUAUCAACCUCGGGAAUUUAUCUAUGAGCAUACUGACCCAGUUCUCCUGAUUGAAAGUCCUAUGAGCAGUGGUAAUACUUUUGGUUCUUUUUGGUGUAAAGAGGAUUUGAUCAAUGAUGCAAAUUCAUGUUGCAUUUAAUAGUACUCACCCUUUUCGCUAAAAGAAAAAACAUAUAAACAGGGCAAUGAGUGCCAAAUAGAUGGAAAUGAGAAUGUUUGUUUAGUGUAGACAGCAAAGUGGACUAUGUUUCAUGUUCCUCCGAAAUAGUAUAUGUCAUAAUCAUUUCUCUUUGUACUCU